CAGCAUUCGAAUUCCACACGCAAGCAAGGAUGUUGGCAAGAAUCGCGUCGCGCCGCUUUCCAGCACUGUCGUCGUUGACGAGAGCCCGAGUUGUCCUUCCCAUAUCCACUAUGAACUUGUCCACCCCUCGUCAUGGUAGCAUGCAGCCCCAGCCAUCAGUCAUGCGCCACGUCCAGCCUCUUGUCAUCGUCCCAUGCCGUCGAUCUUACUCGUCCAACCAUUUUGACGACUGGCGCCGCAACACGAGUAUGGCAGAUAAAAUCAAGACUGGUGCCAUCGUAGUCGCGGGGGUCGGCGUCUUCGCUUUGGUUUCUUCCGCUGCAUUUGGCAUAUUCAUCACUGGCGCUCUCGGUCUCGGUGCGUACAGCCUGUAUCAGUCGUUUCGCCAUCGCGCCGCAAUUCGAGCCAUGCAACAACCAUUUACAUCGUCGGAUUCUCCGUUUGGGUCUAUCUUUCAACAGCUGGCUCAGCGCCGUCGCGGUGUGUCCAGUGGCAUGCCGCUCGUCGCGCAAGGGUUGAUGGCGAGUCUCGUUCGCAUCUUCGGCGGAUCGUUGAAGCAGUCAUGGAGCCGCAUUGCUUCCGUGCAGACACACGUGAAAGCCACGCUCGAGAAGCAUCCUUCGAUGCGAUCUCAACUCGGGCCCAACUUUUCCGUGGCCAGUCCCGAACAAGUCUCUGAGCAAACUGUGAAUGGCGUUGGCCGCCUGGAUGCCCGGUUUCCUAUCGUCGGCGGCCGCCACCGCGCCUACGUUCUCGUCUCCGCCUCCAUCGACGCAGACUCGAGUCAGCUCACAUACCGCAAGCUCACGUUUGUGAAUAAAUCGACGGGCGAAACACGCGACCUGCUGCAGGACGGCGGCAAGGCGUCGGUUGUGCUAGAUGCCGAGUUUAGGGAAAUGUAACAUGGUGCACGGAACCGAUUGAAUUUCGCUUUCAAACACCAGCAAGCCGUGUGUGAAUUCU